CGUACAGAAAACCUUCCUCGCCCAUGCACUGCAUGCAGCGAAGGUGAUGCACGUACGGGCCGGGCCGCAGCAGUCACCGACGCAUAAGAGACAAAGUGGGGCGAGAAAAACAAGGAAAGGACGGGCCGAGAAAAAACGGCGGGGAAUUUAGCAAGUCGAUAACGUCGGUAAUGGCAUGGCAUUGCAUGGCAUGCCAUCUCUCCGCGGGUGAAUGAACUCCUUCCGGCAGCGCCUGGUCAGUGAAACCUGCAUUCUUCGCGCAGUGGUCACUUUCGAGAGGUCACCACAACCGCGUGGCGUGACGGUUCGGAAUGGGGACGUGGAUCGAGACCAACAAGCCUCUCUUUCAAAACUUGUGAACGUCGAAUUCCGAUACAUACCUCAACACAUUAUCUCUGCAGGCUGCAGCUUCGCCGCCGAUAGGUUUCUGCUGCCUGUCUGGUGCACUCCGGCACGGGUGCUAGAGGUUGGGCACAAUGGGUUUCUGGUCAGCUGCAGCAUGUCAAUCUGCUGCUGGGACUGUUCUUAGAAUUGGCACAGUCGCAGGUCAGCACGUGGCUCUUCCACAUCUGCCGGAUAUCGAGACGCAGCUAAGUAGCAGUUGCCUUCAGGCACGGUCGGAUCUGCACCUGCCGCUGGUGGAGUUUCCCUGCAAAUGCCAGAGGAUCUCUCAGCAGCAGCGUAGCAGCUUGAAGCCUGGCUGUCAUCGUGUGGUGCAGCAUGAUGUGUCCAAACGCACAGCUGCGAGGCGGAUGUCUGCCGCAAGCGGCGAGGAGAAUCGGGUGCUGCACCCUUUCGAGCUUCGGAGAGGCCAGCUGCAGCGGCCGCACAACUUCGAUAUUGGAAGCCGGGCUGUGACGGAAGAUGGAAGCAGUUCUGCAUUGUCCUCGACCGACUCGGUGGAGGAAGCAGGAGGAGAGGAUGGUGCCGACGCCAUGCCAUCAAACCGGUUCGAUGUCAGCAGCAACUGCGUCAAUCCUGUCUUCCGGUCGUCGCCGUGGGUGGUCGAUGUGGAACGAGACGCCAAGGACGUUGCAGUUGACAAGCUGAAUGUAAUCUUUCUAUCGGAAGGGAAUGUGUGCAGGUCGGUUUACGCAGAGGCCAUCUUCCAGUCGAUGCUGAGGGAGAAGGGACUGGAGGGGGAGAUCGGGUGCACUUCCAAAGCCACGCGGGAUUACAACAUUGGGGAGAUGCCAGAUGACCGGGCGGUGGCAGUCGCGCAAGACGUGGGUUUGACAAUCAGGGAGGGAGCGGUUGCACGGAUGUUCGACCAUGCACGAGACAUCGUGCUGUACGACUUGGUAGUUGUCAUGGACAAGUUCAACGCGGCAGAUGUUCUCAAGGAGGUCUCGGUGUACGACACUAUCAACAAGGAGGGCCGCUACUCAGCACGCGUCCGAAGAUUAGGAGAGUUCUGCCACAAGCGAGAGGUCGAAGACAUAGACGACCCGCUCUAUGGGAACAUGGGGGGGCCCGAAGAGGAGGAGUUACUUAAGCAGGUGUAUCAAGACAUCUAUGACUCUUGCGAGGGCUUGCUGCAGCGGCUCCUGGAAAUCCGCGCAAGCCUUGGACCCGACGAGUCCCUCAAGCAAGGAUUUGCCCGCUCCCUGGUGCAGAUGGAGGCCCUUGAUUGGCUGGUCCCUCCAAUGCUGCAAAAGCGCAACUGAAUGAAUGGGGACUUAGAUGGAUGGAGCGAAAGCCUUGCUCCUGACAAGUCCCUCAAACAAGGCUUUGCCCACUCGCUGGGACAGAUCCUGGAGGCCCCCUUGAUUUGGUGGUCCCUUAAAUGCUGCGAAUUUCAAAGGGCAACUGAGUGGAUGGGGAUGUAGAGAUGGUUGAGUGACAAAAAACCUUGGAGUGGCUGAGUCCCUCCAGCAAAGCCUUUGCCGCUCCCUCCUGCCGAUGGUGGCCCCCUUGAUUGGCUGGUCCCAUCAAUGAUGCGAAAGGGCAACUGAAUGAACGGGGAUAUACUACCGAUAUAGAGAUGGAUGGAUGGGGAAAAAGCCAGUCCCUCAAGCAAAUUGAGGCCCUUGAUUGCCUGGUCCCUUCAAUCUGGCGGUGCUAAGGCGCAACCUAAGACUUCGCAGCUGCGGGACCAGGUGAAGAUGGAGGCCCUUGAUUGCCUGGUUCCUUCAAUCCGGCGGUGCUAAGGCGCAAGCUAACCGAUGGUGGCGUAGAGAUGGAUGGAUAGUAUAUACACCUUGGUCAAGGGGUUGAACGAACCAUUCCAAAAAGCUCAAGUGUAUGAUUACCCAGGAAACUACCGGCGGUCCGGCGAACCGAAUGGUCUCAAUUUCUCAAGCAGUUUGGCUGGCUGACCCUCUGCGAGACUGGCUCCACAGAAAACUUGAGAGAGGUUCAACACGAUUCCACGCUUCUCUGACGGAGAUCAUGGACUCGAGGUGAUGUUGUCUAAUUGGGCUCGUCAUCCGCGAGUUCAUGCCAAAACACAAUUGUGCACCGGGAACAAAGCUCCUCCAGGAGUCCUCCUGCUGCAACCGCUGCAGCUGUGCCCGUCAGACAGAAAAGCCUAAAGCCUUAGCGCAGUCAGUCAACUUGAAGUUGUGCCUCGACAACCACUGAUGAUCAUGGGGUUGAUGAUUUGAUGGCAAAUGAUCAAGCCAGCUGUAGCACGCUGCGCGCGUGCACACACACACACACACACACUUGCUGGUUUUGUUGAUUAUACACAGCCUAAUUCCUUGCCCUGCUUUAGAGCAUGGGCUGUUUGGAUGUUUACGGGUGGCCACGAGUUCUCGUUGGGGGGAAUGUAUGUUUUGUGGGCCGGUGUGGAAGGCUUUUCCAGUUUUUUCGGACGCUUAGCAGGGGGGUUCGGUGCGUUCUUGCUGGAGGAGUCUUCCGUCUUAGGUAAGUUGUCUCUUAUCUUAUUCCUCCUCUUUGGCAGUGACGCAAGUGUGUAGUUUGCGAUGAAUGUCGGGAAUGCCAAUGCUGUUAUAUUUGAUUGUUUUUGGUAAAUGAGUUUUUGGUUUUGUGGGCCGAUGCGGAAGGCUCUCCAAGU